CUUUCCAGAGAUCCCACUCAGACCCCCAACCUUCAAAAUGUCUACUGCCGCCGCCGGACCCAACCCCAACGCCCCUCCCCGCCCCACCGCCCUCCUCAACACCGCCGAUGCCCUCAAGCAUCUCGACGAGUACCCCAGGGGUGACGGUCUUUCUCUCCAGGAGCUCAUGGACUCCAGGAAGAACGGUGGUUUGACCUACAACGACUUCUUGAUCCUCCCCGGCCACAUCAACUUCCCUGCCUCGGAUGUCUCUUUGCAGUCCAAGGCUACCAAGAACAUUGUCCUCAACACCCCUUUCCUCUCUUCCCCCAUGGACACCGUCACUGAGGACCGGUGAGCCACUACAAUGUCAGAAUCAAAACCAUAACUGAAGCGGCUUCAUAGAAUGGCCAUCGCUAUCGCCCUUCACGGUGGUCUCGGUAUCAUCCACCACAAUUGUACUGCUGAGGAGCAGGCCGCCAUGGUGCGAAGGGUGAAGAAGUACGAGAACGGUUUCAUCACCGACCCUGUCUGCUUGGGUCCCGAUGCCACUGUUGGCGACGCUCUUGACAUCAAGGCCAAGUUUGGCUUCUGUGGUGUUCCCAUCACUGAGAACGGUCAGAUCGGUAGCAAGCUCCUUGGUAUCGUCACUGGCCGAGACGUUCAAUUCCAGGACGCCGAGACCCCUAUCAAGUCUGUCAUGACCAAGGACGUCGUCACUGGCUCUUUCCCCCUCGCCCUCGAGAAAGCCAACUCUCUCCUGCGUGAGACCAAGAAGGGCAAGCUCCCUAUUGUCGACGCCUCCGGCAACCUCGUCUCUCUUGUCGCCCGAUCCGAUUUGCUCAAGAACCAAAACUACCCCUACGCCAGCAAGGUGCCCGAGAGCAAGCAGCUCUACUGUGGUGCUGCUAUCGGUACCCGACCCAGUGACAAGGAGAGGCUCAAGCUCUUGGCCGAGGCUGGCCUCGAUGUUGUCGUCUUGGACUCUUCCCAGGGUAACUCUACCUACCAGAUCGAGUUCAUUAAGUGGAUCAAGUCUACCUUCCCCAAGAUCGAUGUCAUUGCCGGUAACGUCGUGACCAGGGAGCAAGCUGCCCAGUUGAUCGUUGCGGGUGCCGACGGUUUGAGGAUCGGUAUGGGCUCUGGCUCUAUCUGUAUCACGCAGGAGGUCAUGGCUGUCGGUCGACCCCAGGGUACCGCCGUCUACGCCGUCGCCGAGUUUGCCAGCCGAUUCGGUAUCCCCUGUAUCGCUGACGGUGGUAUCGGAAACAUCGGUCACAUUGCCAAGGCCACCGCUCUUGGUGCCUCCGCUGUGAUGAUGGGUGGUCUCCUUGCCGGUACCACCGAAUCCCCCGGUGACUACUUCUACCACGAGGGCAAGCGAGUCAAGGUCUACCGAGGUAUGGGCUCCAUCGAGGCUAUGGAGCACACCCAGCGAGGUUCUGUUGCCGGCAAGCAGUCUAUGCUUGGUCUUGACAACGCCGCCACUGCCCGAUACUUCUCUGAGACCGACACUGUCAAGGUCGCCCAGGGUGUGUCUGGUGAUGUCGCCGACAAGGGUAGCAUCAACAAGUUUGUGCCUUACCUUUACACUGGUUUGCAACACUCUCUCCAGGACUCUGGUAUCAAGAGCAUCACUGAGCUCCACGAGGCUGCUCGCUCUGGUGCUUUGAGGUUUGAGCUCCGAACCGCCUCCGCUCAGGUCGAGGGUGGCGUCCACGGUUUGAACUCCUACACCAAGAGAUUGUUCGCCUAAGUGCGUUUGAUCAGGCUAGGUGGCUAGAAGUUUAGUUAGAAGAGUAGUUUUUGUUUUGGGAUGUUUUCAGAAUAAAACAUAGAUAUUAUUGUUUAGGCGUCAUUUGUACUUUACACCAUAUGAGACAAGGAUCAACAUAAGUCAUGGUCUGGUGUCUAUGUCUACAACAUG